AUGAGGGAGAUCAGGGACUGGGCGUCCCUCGAGGGCGGGCUGCUGCGCGACAUCUUCCUCCGCCUCCCGGCCGACGCCGAAGCCGUCCGCUUCCGCCGCGUGUGCCACGGCGGGCGCGUCGCCGCGGGCGCCGGCGCGCCCGUGCCCCGGCCGUGGUUCGCCCUGCAGCCCUCGGGCGACGGCCCCGCUCGCCACGCCGCUGUCGUGCGGCCGCGGCUCGCCGCCGCCGCGUCAGGCCCGGGCGCGUCGCGCGGCUGGCUCGCCGUGGAUGAAGGCAAGCGCUUCCUCCUCAGGGACCCGUUCUCCCUUGCCGAGGUCCCGCUGCCCGCCUUCGACGCCGGGUACCAGAUGUUCGACGUCUUCCUCUCCGACGACCCCCUCGCCGCGCCCGGCAGGUGGAUGGCGUUCGCCUUCUUCAGGAGCGCCGACUAUACCAACUUGGGGCACGUGCUCGCCUUCUGCCGCCCCGGCGACGCCGAGUGGGCUCGUUUUGACGCGGACGACGACGGCCAGGUAGGCCAGCAGAUUCGGUUGUACCGGGGGCUCGAGUUCUUCCGGGGGCGAGCCUACGUGUUCGUCAUGAACCCCGGCAGGAUCGCCGUCUGCGACGUCGAGGCGCGGAGGCUCGUCGUGAGCUCGGUGCAGCUGCCGCUACCACCGGGUGGGGAGUGGGAGUGGCAGGAGUGCCUAGUGGAGUGCGGCGGCGACCUCCUGGUCGUGCAGGUGUGGCGGCGCCUCGAGCUCAGGCUGUCCUCCUACUGCAUGGGCGGCCGCAUCUACAGGGACAGGGUCUGGUUCUUAUCGAGCCUGACCAGGGUCGUGUUCGACGCGGGCGGCAGCGGCAUGCCAGUGGCGUCGUCGGUCGUUGCUAGCACCGGGGACUACGCCCUGUUCGUGGCGCCGCAGGGCCACGCGUUCGCGCUCCCGGCGAGCGGCUUCCCCAGCGUCAGGCCUAGCUGCGUCUACUUCUUCGCCACCGACCCGACGAGGAGGGUGGAAGGGAGGGUCGCCAUCGAUCUGAAGGCCGAUCGCGCUCGAGUCGACAAGUUUGUCCGGAAGCUGCCCCUCGCCGGAAACUGGCGCAUACUCUCUUGGUUCUGCCCCCGUUCUCCGGUGUUGAACACGACGCCGGCGCGCGGGCGCAGGUGA